AUGAGACGAUGCGAGGAAGGCUUAAUGAUCGAUUUUGAGCCGUUGAAGUUCGACCCGCCGUCAGGCCCCGUUACAGGCGCGCUCGCUUCUCACAAACUCGCUGCGCGAGCCGUGGCGAGAUUGAAGUCGCUUCCAGUCGGCGACGUGCGGUUGCUGUGUAACACCGUCGUGGAGGAGAUUGGCGAAAUGACUGGUUACGAUCGCAUCAUGGUGUACAAGUUUCACGAAGACGAGCACGGCGAAGUGCUGGCGGAGUUUCUCAACAACCAGAAGAUCGAAUCGUAUCUGGGAUUGCAUUAUCCCGCGACCGACAUUCCCAUGAUGGCGCGUCGGACAUUCAUGGAGAACAGGGUGCGCAUGAUAGUGGACAGCAAGGCGGCGGGGGUGGACGUGCUGCAUCGGGGCGCGCUGCCGGGGGGCCUGUCCCUGGCGCACAGCACGGUGCGCAUGGUGCGGUCGUGCCACCGCGAGUACAUGGCCAACAUGGGCACCCUUGCAUCGCUCGUGCUAGCUAUCACCGUCAGCACGGGGGAAGCAGGGGCAGCAGCAGCUGCAGCAGCAGCGCCACCCAACGACGUCGCCGGGGCUGGGAAGGCGGUUCGGGCCGAGCCUGGGCGGCGGCUGUGGGGGCUGGUGGUGUGUCACCACUGCUCGCCCUGCAUGGUGCCCUACCCCACUCGCUCCGCCUGCGAAUUCCUCGUCCAGGUGUUUGCGGUGCAGCUGAGCAAGGAGAUGGACCUGGCGAAUCAGCUCAAGGCGAAGCACGCCCUCAAGAUGCAGACGCUGCUGUGCGACAUGCUCAUGCGCGAGCCGCCCGUGGCGCUCGUCACCAAGACGCCCAACAUCAGCGAUCUGGUUCACUGCGACGGGGCUGCUUUAUUGUACAACGAGUGGCAGCUGACUCAGCAAGCAACAUGUGUUGACCCCGUCCCUUCCUUGUCCCCCUCCUUUGAUGUGCAAUGCCACCGCCAGGUGCUCAACAUAGCGGAGUGGCUGCUGACGCACCACAGCGACUCCACGGGCUUCAGCACCGACUCACUGCUCAAUGCUGGCUACCCGCACGCGUCUGACCUGGGCGAGGAGGUGUGCGGGCUCAUUGCAGUGAAGUUCAGCGAUAAAGACUUCCUCAUGUGGUUCCGCGCGCAUGCAGCGAAGGAGGUGCGGUGGGGGGGAGAGAAGCACGACCCGUUGGACGUGGACGACCCCACCCGCAUGCACCCACGCACCUCCUUCAAGGCCUUCCUUGAGACCGUGCACAUGCGCUCACAGCCCUGGGAGGACGUUGAAAUGGACGCCGUUCACAGCCUGCAGUUGAUCCUGCGCUCUGCUCUUCAGGAACAUGAUGAAGUGAAGCGGCGGCAGCUGAUGCUAGCACGAGUGGCAGAGCUGCGGCUGCAGAGCAUGGACGAGAUCAACCAGGUGGCCAACGAGACGGUGCGCAUCAUUGAGACAGCCACCGUGCCCAUCCUAGGCGUCAACCGCAACGGCCAGAUCAACGGCUGGAACAUGCAGAUCGCCAAGCUCACUGGUGUACCAGUGGAGGAGGCCAUGGGGCGGUCGUUCCUGCAAGAGUUGGUGGCGGAGGAGAGCAAGGCGGACACACAGAGACUGCUUGUAUCUUCCCUACAAGGCCGGGAAGAGUCCGACGUGGAGAUUCGCCUCAAGGUGUGGCGCAGCGGCGUGCCAGCGGGGGUGCUGAUCAUGCUGGUGAACAGCUGCGCCAACCGGGACAUUCACAACCAGAUCGUGGGCGUGUGCCUCGUGGGGCAGGACAUCACCACUCAGAAGAUCGUCAUGGAUCGGUACAUCCGGUGUGAGGGGGAUUAUCGCACGAUUGUCCACUCGCCCAACCCGCUCAUCCCACCAAUCUUUGGAAUGGACGAGUACGGCAUCUGCAGCGAGUGGAACACGGGCAUGAGCCGCCUCACAGGGCUGGGCCGCGGGGACGUGCUGGGCAGGCUGCUGCUGGGGGAGGUGUUUGGGCUCGACAUGGCCAUGCUCAUGCUGCGGGAUGAGGAUGCCAUGACUGAGCUGGAGAUUGUGGUGAACUGUGCCAUGGAGGGGCAUGAGGACACGAGCAACCACCCCUUCUCCUUCUUUGCGCGAGACGGGAAGCUGCAGGAGGUACUCCUGACGGUGAGCAAGCGCACGGACGUGGAUGGCCGCAUAACGGGCGUCUUCUGCUUCCUCCACUCCAUGAACCGUGAGGUGCAGGAGGCCCUUAAAGCCCAGGCCGCUGCCGAAACCGCUGCACAGGCCCGCAUAGCCCAGUCAGACGUGGCCAGAGAAAGCCUCCGCGCCCCCCUUGAUGGUCUAGCCUUUAUCCGCCUGUCUCUGCAGCGGUCCGCUAGCCUCUCACCAGACCAGGUUCAGCUGCUUGAAACCGCUGCGGCACUGGAAGAGCAGAUGAGAACGAUUUUGGCCGAUAUGGCGGAUUUGAAUGCGGUGGAGGAGGGUUAUUUAGACGUACAGCGGGUGGAAUUCUCCCUAGUCUCGGUGCUGAACGCAUCCCUCAGCCAAGCAUCAGGAGCAGCGAUCGCCAAGGGGCAACAACUAGUCUGCUCAGUACCCAGCCCUAUGAGAGUGCGAGUAUUCGGCGAUCCCACACGGCUACAACAGGUGCUCGCCACGUGUCUGCGCACGGCUGUCGAACACACCCCGCCGACUGGCUGGAUCGAGCUGAAGCUAGAGGCGCCGAUGCGAGGAGCGGCGGAUGUGCCGCCCCCGCAGGGGCACCCGUCGGCUGAACGGUUCAGAUUCACCGUCGCGCAUUCGGGGGACGGGGUGCCGGGGCCGCUGGUGCAGGUGCUGGUGGGGAGGGGGGGCGUGGCUGCGACGGGGUUGCAGGGCAUGGCGCUGCGGUUGUGCCGGCGGUUGGUGCAUCUGCUGGGUGGGGAACUGGGUUAUGCGUUUGAGAGUGGGCGGUGCUGCUUUAGAUUGGACCUGCAGCUACCGGUUAAGCACAAGGCCGAGGCAACGGCUGGGAGUAGAGCGUGA